UUUUGUGCCAAUGACCCUGAAGUGUUUGUCCAAGCAGCACUGUUGGCUCAGGAUUAUUGUGAUGCCAUAGACCUAAAUUUGGGUUGUCCCCAAAUGAUUGCAAAGAGGGGUCACUACGGAGCAUUUCUGCAAGAGGAGUGGGAUCUUCUUCAGAGAAUGAUUUUACUGGCUAACGAGAAGCUCUCUGUUCCCAUCACAUGCAAAAUCCGCGUUUUCCCAGAAAUUGACAAGACAGUGAAGUAUGCACAGAUGCUGGAGAAAGCUGGCUGCCAGUUGCUGACAGUGCACGGCCGUACUAAAGAACAGAAAGGACCGCUUGCUGGCGUGGCGUCCUGGGAGCACAUUCAAGCUGUCAGAAAAGCUGUGAGCAUUCCUGUAUUUGCAAAUGGAAACAUCCAGUGUCUCAGUGAUGUGGAAGAAUGUAUCCGUAAGACGGGAGUGCAUGGUGUCAUGAGUGCAGAAGGUAAUCUUCAUAACCCAGCUUUGUUUGAGGGCCGAAACCCAUUGGUGUGGGAGAUGGCUGAGGAGUAUCUGGAGAUAGUGCAGAAGUACCCUUGUCCAUUGUCUUAUGUUAGGGCUCAUCUCUUCAAGCUCUGGCAUCACACGCUUCAAGUUUACCAGCAGCUGCGUGAAGAAUUAGCAAAAGUGAAGACUCUAGAGGGCAUUGUAGAUGUCAACAGGGAGCUGAAACUACGAUGCCAGGAAGAAAUAGCUAAUCAGAAAGAAGGAGAAAAGCCAAAAGAAGGGCUGCCUUUUUUCCACUGGAUCUGUCAGCCAUACAUCAGGCCAGGGCCAAAGGAGAGAUGCAAGGAGAAUGGAGCCAGUGGGACUGAAAAAGGUGUGCGAGGGAAACGUGCUCUGGAAGAGGAGGAAGAUGGAAAUUCUGAGCUUCUGUCGAAGAAUAAGCAGAAAAAGAAAUUAAGAAAUCCAAAUAAAAGCUUUGAUCCAUCUUUAAAACCCAAAUAUGCAAAAUGUGAUCAAUGUGGAAACCCUAAGGGCAGUAAAUGUGUGUUUAACAUGUGCCGAGGAUGCUGUAAGAAAAGAGCGUUUAAAGAGACAGCAGACUGUCCAGGUCAUGGAUUACUUUUUAAGACCAAAUAUGAAAAAAACCUUUCAUGGCAGAGUAGUCAAAGAGUAAUUCAAAACCGAGAGAUGAGUCGGAGAGAUGUAGAUGUGGGGGAGACUGCCGUACUGAAGGAGGCUGGUGACAGUGCAGUGUGAAGCUUUGGAAAUGACUAGUUAAAGAGCUUCUGCCAGGCCUCUGCUUCCCUGGGCCAAAGAACAUACCGUCUCCAGCUCACCAUCAGCUGUGUGAACUUGUUCCACAGGUUUAUUUUAAGUUCUGGAAAGUUUUAUUUAAGUAAAAAGCUGCUUACUCAGGGAAUUAUCCUGCAUUUGAAAUAAAAAGGAUGCA